AUGGAAAUUCCAGAACAUCGAAAGUGGAUGUACAAUAGAAAUUUGUCAAAUCGAGGAGGAUUACGACAGGAAUUUGUCAAUGGUGUUCGAAAUUUUAUUGAUACAGUUACAAAACAACCUCAAUUUGUACUUGAAGGCGGUAUACUUAGAUGUCCUUGCAACAAAUAUAAAAAUAAGAUUUUCUUAACUCCGGAUGAGGUUUCAUUAGAUUUAUAUAAAUGUGGUUUCAUGCCAAGAUACUGGUGUUGGGAUUCACAUGGAGAGAGUCCUUUGCCCUUGAAUUUAGAUCAAGAUAAUAAUCAAGAAGGUGCAUGUUCUUCUCUGCAUGCUAAUGUGCCAAUAAGAAAUUCGUAUGAAUCUAUGGUGGUUGAUGCUGUUGGACCAGAAUUUAUGAGUCAAUUUGAAGAAAACAUGGAAGAGCCUCCGAAUGAAGAAGCUAAAAAAUUUUAUGAUUUAUUACAGUCUGCUCAGCGCCCAUUAUUUGAGGGAUGUAUUGAUCAUUCAGAAUUAUCAAUGGCAGUUAAAAUGUUGAGUAUAAAAGCUAAAGGGAAUGUAUCUCAACAAAUCUUUGAUGAUUUCGUGAAAGCUAUGAAAGAAGUGAUGCCGAAGGAUAACUUUCUUGUCUCCAAUUUUUAUGAAGCAAAGAAGCUAGUAUCGAAACUUGGCAUGGAAAGCAAUAAAAUUAAUUGUUGCAUUAAUGGUUGUAUGCUGUAUUACAAGGAGGAUGAUAUACCAAGAAAAGAAUGUAAAUUUUGUCAUUCUCCAAGGUACAAAAUAGGUAAAAAGGGUAAACAAGCUCCUUUGAAACGAAUGCACUAUUUACCACUUAUACCUCAUUUAAGAAGACUUUACGCUUCAAUGAACACAGCAUCUCACAUGCGAUGGCAUUUUGAUCACGAGUUUAAAGGAGUUCUUGAGCAUCCAUCAGAUUCAAAAGCAUGGAAGUAUUUUGAUAGAAAACAUGCACAAUUUUCUCAAGAACCACGCAAUGUCAGACUAGGAUUAUGUGCUGAUGGAUUCACCCCUUUUGGUCAAUCUGGUAAACAAUAUUCAUGA